CCUUUUUGCCCACCCUCGACUACCUGAGCAUCUCUCCAAGUUUAGUGUCAAGUCAGAUCAUGACUAGUUGUGCGUUGACCAUGAUGGUCAUGUUGCCGCGCCCCCCCAGCAGUGUCCAAAUGUGUACCAACAGCUCUCACAAGCACCCUUCCUGAGAUCAUAGUCACCCAAAGAUACUGGGCUGCUUCAUUUGCCGCCCCCAAUGCAUUUUGCCGUUGGCGCCAAUCAUUUCUCGUUUGAUACCCUUCGUUAAAGGAAUCCUUCCAUGCUGAUGCCUGUUGCGAAAUAGCGAAGGAUCUAAUAUCUGCACUGCGCCAGAUCCUCAUACACUACUACAAGCAUCCAACCUGAGCCAACAGCACCCACUUGAAUUGACGCACGUUGCUGCAGCUUCUUUUUCCGUCAGCCAAGACUCGCUCUCCAUCCUUUGUCUUACACGAGACAAGGCGCCCUCUCUGGGUCUGCCAUUAUGACAAAGAUGCCCGUCGACACACCACCUCUUGUUGAAAAAACCAUGGCGAACAUUUCGUCAACCGCUCGUAAUUCUCGAGCCCUCAGCAUAUCAAGCGAUAGACCAUCCACCGUUGGUGUCCAGAGUCUCAUGUCGCCCCCCCUUUCUGUAUCACCAGAGGCAGCCUUCAUCGCUGCCUCUGCUGCUUCACAGAUUGUAACGAACGAUCAUGACAAUCACUCGGGGACAUGGUAUGAUCAAGUUGGUAUUGACCCUGCUGAGGGGACGGCACUCGUUGCCAAUGGCGCCCUUCUACUAGCGAAUAACUUCGUCGAUCAACUAUUAUUUAACGUGCUAGCCACUGCGAAAUCUACCACCCUUGCUUCGCUUCGUUCGGCUGUUAUCGACGUCCUCAAACCGAAACUUGCAAAGGAUGUGAUAAAUUCGGCCGAUGAAGAACUCCGGGAAUACCUUGGCGGCGGAGAGAUCGAAGACCUAGCUCGCCCCAAUGCCUCGGAAGUAUCAAGAGACUGGGAUCUCGAAUUAGUAUGGAAGCGAACACGGCUACGAUGCAUGGUUUAUUCCUCCCUAGGGGAUAUGGAGGAGGAAGACGAAGAUUACUACGUUCAACAAGAGCACCUUGGCGGAGGAGUUGGUGGUGCAGUGAACGAGGUUGUGUCCCCAGCAGUCGCUAUUUUCCUGACUUCUAUACUCGAAUUCAUGGGUGAGCAGGUUCUCAUUGUGGCUGGCCAAGCAUCAUUCAAUAGGUUACGUGCGAACUAUGAGAAGGAGGUCAAAGAUGGCGCUCGACAACCUGGCGACGUGUUUGAUCGAAUUGUUGUGGAAGAGUUAGACAUGGAACGUGUUGCUCUGGACAGGACUCUGGGUAGACUAUGGCGUGCAUGGAAGAAAAGGAUACGAUCUCCCAUGGAACCCAAUUUCUCCCGUCCGUUUUCUCGAAGCUCGGCAAAUGGUUUCGGAGCCUCACACCAACGGCGGGAAAGCACUGCUACAGAGCCCCCAGUCGUGCCACCAUCCGAGGAGUCAAAUACUGCCACUGGCGACCAGCCCAGCCAGCCAGUUGCCAUCCACGAUAACACCCACGAGCUUGAUGAAGCUUCAACCACAUGCGACGGAAGUAACCCGUUUGAUCCUUCUACGCUUCCCUUACCCGAUAGUGACAUUGAAGCUACGUAUAGCGAUGAAGAAGAAUCUGAAUAUGAAGAGCUUCCCUCGCGUCCAAAGAGUUGGUUUGUCAUACCCCAAGAGCACGAUCUCGGGAGCCAAUUUGCUUCAAAAUCCUCAAUCAAACGCACCCCGUCCCUUCCGUCUCGAAAGAAGCCUCGGUAUGAGACCUUCAAUACAACCAGUGAAUCUUUGAAGGAGCGCACGCCAACUGCACAAGCUUCAGAUUUACCAGAAGCAAAACCUGAGGCCGAGGUAACGGCUCAGAUCACAACAGUCCCUAGCAAAUUGGUUGAUACUGAGGCUGAAAGUGCCACAGCUGAAGGUAUCGCCCAGCCUGAUAUCAAAGAGGACGAGUUCGAUGGCGACAUUGAAGAAUUUGUAGAAGAACCAGAGAUCCUGACCUCGUCAAGAGUGUCUGUUGGAGGCAGAAGCUCGCCGACAAACUCGGAGUCUGGGAGACCCGCGUCUAUCAUUCUUACAAGAUCAAGCAGUGUGCGUUCUGUCCGGGUUAUUGAAGUGCAGGGACCUCGUUCACGGGCAAGCUCGAUUGAAUCAAACUCGCGCAGUCCUACCCCACGCUCAGUCAGCUUCUCUCGUGAAGAGAUUGUCUCUAAAACCCCUCCUAUUGUGGAAGAAAAAGAUCCUUAUGCGAUACCCUACGUCACCGUUACAAAGAAUACUUCAAGCACUGUUUCAUCUUAUGCUGAGGAUGUACACGAUGUUGUCUCUACGCUGUCCCCACCUCCACGGAGUCGCUUACCUCCCCGAACAACAUCUACCGCGGCAUUUUCUCAUACAUCGGCGCCUACCAUAGUGUCUAUAGUUACAAAUGCAAGCCUACCGCAAGAGGAACGUUAUGAGGCUUUCCAGCGACCCACAAAUGGGCUGAGGAAUCCACCAAUGCCGACCUUGCCAGAGAGGAGUGCAAACAGACCAGUUUAUAGCCCGACGACGUCUACUCAUCGCACUGCCCCGGAAUCACCAAGACUCCCACGUUCCAUACAGAACGAUAUGCCCUCGCCGGCUAGAUUCAGGCCGAAACGGACCUCUGAAGAGAGUAGCUCUAAUCGCCCAGCAGAUGUUGCUCGUGAUUUUGAAGAGCUGAUACAAAGUAAUGAGACUUUACAGUACACCUUGACACCAGAGAACAUGCGAGACAUUGAUUCUCAGCCAUCCCAAUCUAGCAUUAGCCCAAGUGCUAGUCAAAGAACUAGAAGAAGCGAUGACGGGAAGUUUGCAGAACGCUCGAGGUCUUCCUCGAUCAAAAGAUCGCUAUCUGUGAACAAGGCCUCGGGAUUAAGCUCUCACCCUUCUCCUGACAUGACCAAUGGAAGAUAUAGCAACGGCACCUCGAAAGCAUUAACUCCGGUAUCUAUGAGAAGCCACACGGCGCCUGUGCCUCAGGCUAGGGAUGCUAGAGUUCCUCGGGAAUCGCUGCAAGAUUUUGCCGAUUUUAUCCGCUCCACUGGACCGCCGGUGACAAACGCCACUCGAACAGAAGGACCAUUGUCAAAUGGCUCGGCCAAUGUACGCAGCAUCACUAGGUCGCCCUCCGUCACGAACAGCUCCAAUAUGGAAGCUCGACGAGGACCUAAAUUGCAGGCUAGGGAUGCUACUGUCAAUACGACAAACGAAAGCUCCGACCUAAUCGAUUUCAUUCGCCGAGGACCACCCAGCACUAAUAGUCAUCGAAUCCCUCGCACUGUUGCGCCCUUCCGAAAUACACAGGAUUCCGACUACAUGUCGAGUGCUGUUGGGGGAAAGGCCGUCGACGCUAUCAUUCCUAACGUACGGACCAGUCUAGCCUCCACAAACAUAACAGAGGCAUCCGCCCCAUCGUCAAUGAACUCACAGAGCGCGUUACUGAACAAGUCAAAUCGGCAUCAGUUAUACAAUGGGAACAGUUUUGAUGACGACGAACCGAUGCCGAAGCGGACACAAAGACGAGUUCUUGACCCCUAUGCAAUCGACAUCAGCGAUGAGGAAGAAUUUGAUAUCUAUCCUAAGGCGCAGCCGAAGCAGGAAGAGAGCCUAAUUGAUUUCUUGAACAACUAUGCACCCCCCGCAGAACCUCAAACUCAGUUUCUUCCACCGAAAAAGAAAUCUAGUGCACCUAAUUUGAUAGCAAGGUUGAGAUCAGGGUCAUCAACUGGCUCUAAUGGGUCUGCUCAUUUUCGAAAAGGAUCAGGCGUGUCCGACAAUCGAACUCUAAAUAGCCGUACGGGUUCGAAAGUUACGCAUACCCCUAUUGUGAUACCUCCCGUGGUAGAUAGAUACGCCUCUUCUAUCAAAACAAUAGAUCCUCCCCGAAAUGGCUCGGUUGGACGCGUUCCAAUGAAGAAGUUUGAGCCACGAGAUGCUUCCUCAGCAAGCGCUCAAACAACAGACCUUGCCAAUUUUUUUCGUGAUUCGCGACCUCCGCCCUCAAUACCAACCUUUACACCGCCACCUGAAGACAAAGCCAGUAGUGGAUUUUCUCGGAUGUUCGAACGACGCAAGAAACCAACGGCAUAUUAGUUUAUACACAUGAUUCGCAUCAUUUCUCACAUGUAUAAGUUCCGAAUUGUUGUUCGUUUUCCAUUGGGGGUGCAACAUUCCGAUGAACAUAAGGACAGUUGCGAUAUAUAUCUAGCCGCUUGGCCCCGCGUAUUUGCGCUUCAGACACACUAUUGAUACCACUUCGCUUCUUCUGUUGUGUUAGACGGCUCACACGCCCAAGGGCCUUUCAAACAAAGUAUAUGCUUUAUCUGGGUGGUAUAGCCGUUGUUUGCCGAAUAAUAUUGGUUUACGUACCUGGAGUGGUUAUAAUGCUCGAUUUUAAGAUUCUAUAGGGG